AUGUCAUUUGAAGCUGUGGACACCUACGUGGUGGACGGCAUUAAGGUGUCAAUUUUGAAAUUCCAAUUGCCCCUCGAUUAUAGCAAUCCGGAAACCUCCAUAGACAUAUGCGUCAAGCUGGUGAAUAACCGGCAUUCCGAUCAGAUCUCGUUCUGUUAUCAAACGGAUCUUCUCGACAAUAUUGAUAAGGUAUUCCUGUAUCUGGAAGGGGGUCCUGGAUAUGAGUCAGCAUUCCCCGUGGUCGGAACUGUUCCCACGUAUCUAUCAGCGCUGCUAGAUAAGGGGUAUACGGUUAUUCUAUUGGACCAGAGAGGAACAGGACUUUCGAGCCCGUUGCAAUUAUCAAAGCUGACGAGUUUUGAUUCGCCGGAAGAACAAUUAGAGUUUUUGAAUCUGUUUCGUGCCGACUCUAUCGUUAAUGAUUGCGAGCAGAUAAGGCGAAUUCUGCUCGGUGAGCAGAAAUGGUCGCUGUUGGGCCAAUCGUACGGAGGGUUUUGCUCAACGUGCUAUUGUUCUCGGUUUCCGGACUCGAUAAAAAAAGUUUUCAUCACCGGAGGACUCCCACCUUUGACGGGCACUGUGGAACAGGUUGCUACCAACAAUCUGACCGCAACAAAGAGAAAGACCCUGGAGUAUUAUGCCGAGUUUCCGAACGAUGAACAUCGCAUAGCCAGAAUCCUCGACUAUCUUGCAACCAGUUGUCCGACGCUGCCAAAUGGCGGUACACUUAGCCGUAACCGGUUCCAGCAUCUGGGCACGUAUUUUGGUGCUAGUGGUGGGUUCACGUUUGUGCACAAGCUGGUCACCACCAUGACUCUUGAGCUGGACUCGACGGGCCAAUUAUCGUACAAAACGCUCGAGCUUCUGCAGAACUGCUCGGGUUUUGAGACCAACCUGCUCCAUUUCCUGUACCAGGAGAAUAUUUACAUGAACGGGCCGGGGAAGAGCACCAACUGGACCGUUGAGCGGGUGAAAAAGCAGUUGUAUGGCGACAAAUUUUUCUUCACGAGUGAACACCACUAUUCAGAGCUGUGCAACGACUACCACCGGUUGCAGUCUUUGAAGCCAUUGCUGGAUCUCUUGCACAGCACCACAGACUGGCGCCAAAUUUGGAACAUCGAAACACUAAAAACAUUCACCCCAGCCAAGUUGCCUAUCUAUUGCAUGGUGUUCUACGACGAUCAGUAUGUGAGCACAGAGCUGAGUCUGGCCAACGAGACGAUUUUCCCAUUCAAACGGGUAAUCACUAGCGAGUUCUUGCACGACGGGGUGAAAUCAAACGGACAUGAAGUUCUAGACAAAUUGUUCCAGCUUUCUCUUGGAAAUUAUAUUAGAUAA